UGUUUCAAGUGCGAUCAUCUGUCGUCUGCAACGCUAAGUGGCAGGAAUAUUAUUGUGUGUAUGAAUUGAUUUUGAUGGUGGAGAAACAGAGUUUAACAGAAAAGAAAAGCAAAAGGUGAAAACUUAAGGAGGAAAUCCUUUACCUUUGUUUUCUAAAAUGCAGUGAAUGCAGCACAUGCUGUAAGACUUUGUGAAAAUCUGUUAUGAGAAGGAGAAAGGAAACUUCUGUUCUACUCCAGAGAGAAGUCUGCAUCUCAAGAUUAAGACGUGGUGAAGAAUUAAACCAAGAAGAACUUGCCAGGUUAUCCAGCAGCUUUGAUACAAAUGGAUGCCAGUACCAGGUCAGUCAAAUGGCAAGUUCAUAUGCUGGAACAGCAGGCUCAGCAGUCUGAGGAAUCAUCCAGCACACUGCAAAAUGACUCUUCUACACACCCGGCUUCCCAACAGCAACCUCAGGCACAAGCAGAAGAGUACAUCUCUGAAACCUUCACCUACAUCGAAACAGUGGAGGACUUUUGUAAAAGAGAACAAGAUUGGACGAGUCAGAUGGAGUCGGAGAUAAAGAAGAUGAGAGACAUCAAAAGUAGCGCAGAUGAACUGUUCAUUGGUUUCAAAAUGAAGAAACUGAAGAAAGAGCUGAGGGAAGCUCUGACGAACACUCGGAUGGGGCUGAAGGAACUUCAACCCUUCCUGGACGCAGUGGAAAGGCUAGCAGUCACCUCACCAUUUGUAUUCAUGGACAAGAGCUUCCCACUAAGGGGGAAGAACGCCAAGUUUGUACGAUCGGUGGUCUCAGCCAAAAUUGCAUCCCCACUCCUCAUCCACUUCAAGAGAGAUGAUGGAGCUUUCUUCUCGCCUAAACUUGAAAACGUGGAACUUCUGGUCCAUCAGUUGAACAAAUACAUCUGCAUCACAAAAUGGCUGUGCAAGGAAAUGAAAUCCAGGGACAAAUCACAGGUUACAGGCGUUCAGGAAGACCCCUCACAGCUCAGUUUGAGUACAAGCCUGUCCAUGGAAAAUGUGCCUGAUUUGAGCCAGCUGAGCAGAAUCAGAAUGGACGAGUCAUCCCGGCUGGCAUUCUUAGUUGAUGGUCAGGAGUUCGCCAAGAUGUACAAUGACUCUGAAAUGUCCCAGCUUCUGUCAAGUCUAGAGAACAAUGCAGUUGGGCUGGAUAGGAUGAAGGACGAGUACAGUGUCUUGACUAUAAUAGGUAGUUUUUUGGGCAUUUUAGGGGGUAUCUUGUCCAUCAUCUCAUCCUUCACAGGCCUGGCUAUUUCCCUUGCAGUUAUGCCCCUGACCAUCACACGGAUGGGGGGUUUGCUGGGGCUCAUGAGUGGAGCUUUUUACUUGGCCACCGGUGCCAUAGAUUUCACAAUCAAUAAAUAUUAUGUGAAAAAAGCCAACAACAACAUCAAUGACUUCACGAAGCACAGGCAGAACACUGUAGAUUGUCUGAAGCUGGCAGCUAGUCAUCAUCACGCUGCACCACAGCUGGAUGAGGGUAAUAUGCAACUUGGAGUUAUGAAAGUGAUGAGUUAUUUCAGGGCGAUAUCCAAAUAUUUUGAUGCCUUCAUUGAUGGAGCUGCCGUUCUGAAACAGGUGGACUUUUUCAAACUAAACACAUGGAUGUUUAUCGGAGGAAAUGCUGUAUCUCUUCUUACAGAUGUUUUUUUCCUCUGCAAAGAAAGUUGGAGUAUAAUCACAAGGAAGAAAAGCAAAGCAGCUCAGCUCAUCCGCUCCAACACAGAUCUGUGGCGCUCAGAGAUCGAGGCAUGGAAAAGGAUUCAUGAUUGUCUGUUUAAGGGAAAACAGGUGUUCCGGGAGAGAAUGGUCAUAGUAGAGACAGAGUAGAGUAAUUGUUUCACUUUUCCAGCAUAGCCAGUAAAGUGUUACCAGAGUAAAGGGUGAUUUAAAUGCAGGAACAAUUGGUUCAGUAGAAUCUUGAAGGAAUAUAUUGGCAAAAAAUCAAAUGUACAUGAUUUUCCACUUACCCCCAAAUGCAAAAAUGCAUGUUUGCUGUUCAAAUUUUGCUUCUUUAAUCUAGAGUUGGAGCUACUAGGCUAACACUAGGCUA